UCCCGACCCUAUGCGGUGACUCGUGUGGCGCAGGCGCUCCUGCCCCGCCGGCGGGGCCCAGGCUUCCCGCGGCGGGAUGUUCUCCCGAAGGAGCCACGGGGAUGUGAAGAAGUCCACCCAGAAGGUGUUGGACCCCAAGAAGGACGUGCUGACUCGCCUGAAGCACCUGCGGGCGCUGCUUGAUAAUGUGGAUGCAGGUGAUCUUAAGCAGUUUUUUGAGACCAACUAUUCACAGAUAUAUUUCAUCUUCUAUGAAAAUUUUAUAACACUGGAAAAUAGUUUAAAAUUAAAAGGGAAUAAUAAGUCACAAAGGGAGGAGCUGGACUCCAUCCUCUUUCUUUUUGAAAAAAUACUGCAGUUUCUACCUGAGCGAAUUUUCUUUCGAUGGCAUUACCAGAGUAUAGGCUCAACUUUAAAGAAGCUUCUACACACCGGAAAUUCUAUUAAGAUAAGAUGUGAAGGAAUCAGGUUGUUUCUUUUGUGGCUUCAAGCACUUCAGACAAACUGCGCAGAAGAACAGGUGCUGAUUUUUGCAUGCCUCGUGCCUGGUUUUCCAGCGGUCUUAUCAUCCAGGGGGCCCUGCACACUGGAGACACUCAUCAAUCCUAGCCCUAGUGUAGCUGAUGCAAAAAUAUUUCCAGAAGAAAUCACUCCACUCCUGCCAGCCAUAUCAGGGGAGAAGAUUGCUGAGGACCAAACCUGCUUUUUUCUUCAAAUACUGUUGAAAUAUAUGGUUAUUCAGGCUGCAAGCUUGGAGUGGAAGAAUAAAGAGAAUCAGGAUACUGGUUUUAAAUUUCUUUUUACAUUGUUUCGAAAGUAUUAUCUUCCUCAUUUAUUUCCAUCAUUUACUAAGUUAACAAAUAUCUACAAACCUGUACUUGACAUCCCCCAUUUAAGACCAAAGCCAGUGUAUAUUACUACAACUCGAGAUAAUGAAAGCGUUUACAGUACAAAAAUUCCAUACAUGGCAGCUCGUGUGGUUUUUAUUAAGUGGGUUGUAACAUUCUUUUUGGAAAAAAAGUAUCUAACUGCAACACAGAACACUAAAAAUGGAGUUGAUGUAUUGCCGAAAAUCAUUCAGACUGUUGGUGGUGGAGCAGUACAAGAGAGGGUGCCAGAGUUGGAUAGCAGUGGGCCAACAGAGCAGGACAAAAACCAUUCUAACAGCAGCACCUUGUCUGACCGAAGACUCAGCAACACCAGCCUUUGUAGCAUUGAAGAAGAGUACCGAACGGUGUAUGAAAUGGUGCAGCGGAUUCUCUUGUCAACACGUGGUUAUGUCAAUUUUGUGAAUGAAGUAUUUCGCCAGGCAUUUUUGCUGCCUUCCUGUGAAAUAGCUGUAACAAGAAAAGUAGUUCAAGUGUACAGAAUGUGGAUCCUGCAGGACAAACCUGUGUUCAUGGAGGAACCAGAUAAAAAAGAUGUUGCCCAAGAAGAUGCUGAAAAAUUAGGAUUUUCAGAGACUGACAACAAGGAGGUCUCGUCUGAAAAUUCUGGUCAUAAACGAUCUUCCAGUUGGGGACGCACAUACUCUUUCACAAGUGCCAUGAGCAGAGGAUGUGUGACAGAAGAGGACAAUACAAAUGUGAAAGCUGGUGCCCAGGCUAUGCUGCAGGUAUUUCUGACAAAUGCUGCAAACGUUUUCUUGCUGGAACCAUGUGCUGAAGUUCCCAUGCUUUUAAAAGAACAAGUUGAUGCUUGUAAAGCUGUUUUGAUUAUUUUUAGGCGCAUGAUAAUGGAGCUUACAAUGAAUAAAAAGACAUGGGAGCAGAUGUUGCAAAUACUACUCAGGAUAACAGAAGCUGUCAUGCAGAAGCCAAAGGAUAAACAAAUAAAGGACUUGUUUGCCCAGAGCUUGGCAGGGUUACUAUUUAGGACUCUCAUCGUGGCUUGGAUCCGAGCAAACCUCUAUGUGUAUAUUUCUCGAGAGCUCUGGGAUGACUUUCUUGGUGUGCUGUCCUCCCUCACAGAAUGGGAGGAGCUCAUCAGUGAAUGGGCAAACAUAAUGGACUCUUUGACAGCAGUGCUUGCAAGAACUGUUUACGGAGUUGAAAUGACAAACCUACCUCUGGAUAAAUUAAGUGAACAAAAGGAGAAGAAGCAACGAGGCAAAGGCUGUGUUAUAGAUUCUCAGAAAGGAACAACUGUGGGGAGAUCUUUUUCUCUCAGCUGGCGGAGCCACCCAGAUGUGACUGAGCCAAUGCGAUUUAGGAGUGCCACCACUUCUGGAGCACCAGGAGUUGAAAAGGCAAGGAAUAUUGUUCGCCAGAAAGCAACUGAAGUGGAGGAGUGUCAACAGUCAGAAAAUGCACCUGUAGCUGAGUCUGGUCAUCUCAUGGUGGGACAGCAACAGGUCCUCCGGAGCAGCAGCACAUCUGACAUCACUGAGCCACUGUGCUCAGAUUCUUCUCAAGGUCAAAAGGUAGAAAAUGCACAGAAUUUGAGUUCUUCAGAACUCAGGGCCAUUCAGGAGAAUAAAGGACAUGUGAAGAGAGAACAUGAAGGAAUAACAAUCUUAGUUCGAAGAAGCAGUAGCCCUGCUGAAUUGGACUUGAAGGAUGAUCUGCAGCAGACACAAGGAAAAUGUAGGGAAAGGCAGAAGAAUGAUAGUACCAGCAGUGACACAGCUCUGGGCUAUAACAAUGAGGCAGAGCUGUCUAUGAGCCCAUGGCAGACUUGUGAGGAAGACCCAGAACUGAACACUCCCACGGAUGUUGUGGUUGACUCUGAUGCCCGCCAUUGGUUACAACUGAGUCCAACUGAUGCUUCAAACUUAACAGACAGCAGCGAGUGUCUUGCAGAUGACUGUAGUAUAAUUGCUGGAGGGAAUCUCACUGGUUGGCACCCAGAUUCUGCUGCUGUGUUGUGGCGAAGAGUCUUGGGAAUCCUCGGAGACGUGAAUAAUAUCCAGUCACCCAAGAUCCAUGCCAAAGUUUUUGGCUAUCUCUAUGAACUCUGGUACAAAUUAGCAAAGAUACGGGAUAAUCUAGCAAUAAGCCUGGAUAACCAGUCUUCUCCAUCUCCUCCAGUCUUGAUCCCACCACUCAGAAUGUUUGCAUCAUGGCUAUUUAAGGCAACGACGCUGCCAAAUGAAUACAAGGAAGGCAAACUGCAAGCCUACAGGCUGAUCUGUGCCAUGAUGACCAGACGCCAGGAUGUUCUGCCAAACUCAGAUUUCCUGGUGCAUUUUUACCUUGUGAUGCACCUGGGAUUAACCAGCGAGGACCAGGACAUUUUAAAUACCAUUAUAAGGCACUGUCCACCGCGCUUUUUCUCCCUGGGUUUGCCUGGAUUCUCAAUGCUGGUGGGAGACUUUAUCACGGCUGCAGCAAGGGUCCUUAGUACAGACAUGUUGGCGGCACCUCGUGCAGAAGCUCUCACCAUCCUGGGUUCCCUGGUGUGCUUUCCAAAUACCUACCAGGAGAUCCCUUUACUACCGUCAGUGCCGGAAGUGAAUGAGGUCAUUACAGGAACUGAAGAUGUCAAGCAUUACCUCAUAAAUAUUUUACUGAAGAAUGCCACAGAAGAACCAAAUGAAUGUGCAAGAUGCAUCGCCAUUUGCUCACUUGGGGUCUGGAUCUGUGAAGAGCUUGCACAGUGUACCAGCCAUCCUCAGGUGAAAGAAGCCAUCAAUGUGAUAGGUGUAACUUUGAAGUUUCCUAACAAAAUUGUGGCUCAGGUAGCCUGUGAUAUUCUUCAGUUGCUGGUUUCCUACUGGGAAAAACUUCAGAUGUUUGAAACCUCUCUGCCUCGGAAAAUGGCAGAAAUCCUUGUGGCUACAAUUGCUUUCCUAUUACCAAGUGCUGAAUACUCUUCAGUGGAAACAGAUAAGAAGUUUAUUGUAUCCUUACUCCUCUGCCUCUUGGACUGGUGCAUGGCAUUGCCAGUGAAUACCCUUCUCCAUCCUGUGUCCACAGUGGUCCUGGAGGAGCAGCACCCAUCCCGGGCCCCCUUGCUGGAUUAUAUCUAUAGGGUUCUGCACUGCUGUGUUUGUGGCUCAAGCACAUACACCCAACAAAGUCACUAUACACUGACUCUGGCUGACUUGUCAUCCACGGAUUAUGACCCCUUUCUGCCACUGGCAAACGUGAAGAGCUCUGAGGCAGUUCAGUAUCAUUCAUCAGCAGAACUGGGGAACCUGCUGACUGUUGAAGAGGAGAAAAGGCGAAGAAGUGUGGAACUGAUCCCUCUGACUGCCCGAAUGGUGAUGGCCCACCUGGUGAACCACCUGGGUCACUACCCUCUGAGCGGAGGCCCAGCUGUGCUGCAUAGCCUUGUCAGUGAGAACCACGACAAUGCCCACGUGGAAGGCACUGAGCUGUCUUCUGAGGUGUUCAGGAGCCCCAACCUGCAGCUGUUUGUAUUUAAUGACAGUACCCUCAUUUCCUACCUUCAGACACCUGCAGAAGGACCUGGGGGUGCCCUCUCAGAUGUGAGAGUUAUUGUGAGGGAUAUAUCAGGGAAGUACUCUUGGGAUGGAAAAGUUUUAUAUGGGCCUCUGGAGGGACACUUAGCACCCAAUGGAAGAAAUCCCUUAUUUCUAAUUUCGGGCCACCAUCAUCACACAUUUGGACCUCAGAAAGAUCAUUCCCAAAUCGAAGAAGGAGAUGAUGUCCUUGACAAACUACUUGAAAACAUUGGCCACACUAGUCCCGAAUGCCUUUUACCAUCACAGCUAAAUCUAAAUGAGCCCUCCCCACCCCCAUAUGGCAUGAACCGUGAGCAAGAAAAGGAAAUCAUUGAGGUCAUUUUGCGCCAGAGUGCACAGGAAGACGAAUAUGUUCAGAGGUGUAACUCUGAUUCUUCAAUGAAAGUUACCAGCCAAGGGCAACCCUCGCCAGUGGAGCCCCGAGGGCCUUUUUAUUUCUGCAGGUUGUUACUCGAUGAUUUGGGAAUGAAUUCUUGGGAUAGAAGGAAGAAUUUUCAUCUUUUGAAGAAAAAUUCAAAAUUAUUGAGAGAAUUGAAAAACCUGGACUCUCGCCAGUGCCGUGAGACACACAAAAUUGCAGUGUUUUACAUUGCCGAAGGUCAAGAAGACAAGUGUUCAAUCCUCUCCAAUGAAAGAGGAAGCCAAGCAUAUGAAGAUUUUGUGGCUGGUCUUGGAUGGGAGGUGGAUCUCUCCACCCACUGUGGGUUCAUGGGUGGCCUUCAGCGCAAUGGCAGCACUGGUCAGACAGCCCCUUAUUAUGCUACCUCUACUGUGGAAGUGAUUUUCCAUGUUUCCACUCGGAUGCCAUCAGACUCAGAUGAUUCACUUACCAAAAAGCUCCGUCACUUGGGGAAUGACGAGGUCCACAUUGUCUGGUCUGAACACUCCAGGGACUACCGCAGGGGUAUUAUCCCAACCGCCUUUGGAGAUGUUUCAAUCAUUAUUUACCCAAUGAAGAAUCACAUGUUCUUUAUAGCCAUAACGAAGAAACCUGAGGUUCCAUUUUUUGGUCCUCUGUUCGAUGGAGCCAUAGUGAGUGGGAAGCUGCUGCCAAGCCUUAUAUGUGCCACUUGCAUCAAUGCCAGCAGGGCUGUGAAGUGCCUCAUCCCACUCUACCAGAGUUUCUAUGAAGAGAGAGCGCUGUAUCUUGAAGCAAUAAUUCAGAACCACCGAGAAGUCAUGACAUUUGAGGAUUUCGCAGCUCAAGUCUUUUCUCCCUCUCCCAGCUACUCCCUCAGUGGAACGGGGGCCUUGGCCUCCAUCCUGAGUGCUGACCUCAAAGAGUCCCUUGGUGUGGAGGAGACGGACCAGACUCCCCUGCCCUUUUCCCUUGGCUCCAAACCCAGAGACUUCAGGAAACUCCAUGACUGUGCCAGCGCUCUCAGCAAGCUUUCGUAUCACUGGAUCUUUGAAGUCAAAGGUGGAUCCCACUGAACCAUUUCAUGUGGAUCUUUCAAGUGGGGCUAUGUCAUCUCAUCCUAAAACUUCUCAAACCUCCAGCUUCCAAAAAAGAAAAAGUCACCAACAACCAGAAACAAACCUCCUGUCUCUGAUUUACUCUGGUGUCUGCUCGCUUUCAGGGAGGGGGCAAAGGGAAGUUGGCUUCUGAACCCCAAGCUGGUUACCCUCAUUUAUAAACCCAAGCAGGAUUCCCAGAGGGCAGCAAAACAAUCGUGGAAUUGUGGAAUUUUCUCUGUAUCAAUUUUGUUAGUUCACCUUAUGUUAUGAUUUAUGGUUUACUCAAAAAUUUCAUCAUCAUUGAAAUUGGCUUUCCCAGGGGUCUUUAGCCCAGGAGUUUUCUCUCAGUUGUGAAGUCUUUUGCCAUCUUAUACCCAAGGUCCACACACUGAGGUGAUUUUUCUGACCACUCAGAGGACUCCCAAGUCAUAAUUCUGAUCCUAUCCCAGAACACUCAGAAGUCUCUAGAAAUACAAGGUCCUAUCCUGUGAGACAGACGUCCUAUCUUGUAAGACAAGAAGAAACCCCAGGGUUAGUCCCACAUCCUUACAAAAGGCAAAUGCCAGUGUCUGGUGCCACAGUGAGGUGGAUGGACACUCUAGAAAGUCCAGAUGCCUCCAAAGCUUCACCUUCAUUUUCCCUCCUGGCUAUUACUCAAAGAGGGCCAAGACAGGCCUUGGAAAUGCUUCUUGUCAUGCAGAUUGCAAGCAAGAGAUUUAUUUGAUCCAUAGUUUUUUACCCAUUUCGACCUGUUAAAAAAGAUAAUAAAGGGAAGAGAAAGAAAAGAAGGAAGGAGAGAAGGAAAGGAAGAAAAUAAAAAAUCCUGUCUUCUGUCUGGGCUUGCUCUGCUCCCUUGCUGGGCAUCUCUGGGUGAACCCUGCCAUGUAGCAACAGGGAAAUCAAUCCAUAGGGAAGACAGCCUUCUUCCUGUGUCCCGCCCCUGGGAGCAGUCUCAGAGCUAGAAGUUUGCCCCUCUACCUCCAAGAGAAAUCUAAGAAACUCAUCAGAGGCCAUCACACACUGCACAGUUCUUGCUCUUGUGAGACCAUUUCAUAGUGCACAAUGCCCCUUGGUUUAGAGUGGGAAAGCAGUAGGCAAUAUGCAGCCAUGAUUGGCCCUGGAUAUGAAAAGGUGUGUACACACCUUCCCACCUUCCUGCAUGCUGCCUUCUGCUCUUCACACACACUCGUAUGUUACACUUUCCCUGAGGAACCAAUUUUUUCAUGAGCCAUUGAGUUGAUUUGGCUGAUACCUAAUAGGGGCAGACCCAGGUGUCAGACUCACUCUUGGGACAAGUGAGAAAGACUAAGAACAUCAUUCCCAUCAGAAAAGUGGAACUUCCAAUGUUAGGAAGAGUCUGUCUACUUUAUGUAGGAUUCAGGCAGAGAUUGAGUCCCAGGACCAUUGGACAGAGCUGUUUGAAUGUAAGAGAAUGGGGGACAUUCCUAAGUAGAAGUAAGCUUUAAUCACUUUGGGUUGUUUUCUUUUGGGGCGUGAGCAGUGCUGGGGACUAAACCCCAAUGCCUUGAACCUCCUAGAUAAGAGCUCUACCACUGAACUACAUCUCCAGCACUUUGGGGCUAUUUUCUAAUAACCCAGUGCAUUCACUUCUUUGGGGAUUAGUGACAAAAGAAAGGGUGACUAGAAAUCAUGGUGUUUCCUAUCCUGCUAGCAAAUGCCUUGCUUCUUAUUCUCACCCACUCCCCCUCCCAUCCUUUCCUUUUCUUUAAGUGAUUUGGGCUUCCUGGUCAGCAGAGUUUGGCCAGUGUUGCUCAGGCUUUUGACUGUGAUUGAUACACUUGGUUUCAUGUUUACAAAGUACCCAGACUUUUUUCCUAUAGAGAAGCACAUCACCUGUUCCUGGGGUCCUGAGUCCCCCAUAGCACUCUGGCAGCAAAUAACUUCCCACAGAAUGUUUUAUCUGCAGGCUCUAGAAAUUUCUGUUGCAGAAUUCCUGGCUGAAGUAGAAGAAUUUGGAAGUCUUUUUUUUUUUUUUUUUUUUUUUUUUAAUGGUGUUGGGAACAGAACUAGGGACCUUGUGCAUGCUAGGCAAGCAUCUGCCACUAGGGAACAUCCUGGAAGUCAUAUUUAACUCCCCUGGACCUCUGCUCCAUGAUUCAUUUUGCCUCCAUGAACCAGAGCUUCUGACCUUGGAGUGGGAAAUUCAAUUGUAGGUAGCAAAUAACUCAACCUUCAUGUAAUCCCUAAUGAUUUUAACAACCCUGUGACCCCAGAUGACAGCCAGCAGUUUUGUGACUAGAGGUUUUUUUUUUUUUUUCUUUUAGUCCACUGUUCUCAGUAACAGCUUUGGUUUGGAGAUGGAGUGGGGAAGCAGGGACUCUGGCAACCAUGUUUGCUUGCAAUCACAUGAACUUGGUCGUUUUUGUUAUUUGGGGUGGAAAAUUGAAAUGAGGAAAUUUUUUUUUCAGUUAGAAAAGUAAAUAUUGUGUUUUUGUAAUAAAUGCCUCUUAGCAAAAUUGCUGAGGGUCACUCAUCCAGUAGAGACCCUCCUGAGUCACAGCGCUGACUCAUCACAUUAGUAUUAGUAGUUCAGCCAUCUGUAAACACAAGUGUUCCUAAUUGGCCCAGAAUGUGAUAAGAUUUGCUGGCCUCACACUGGGCCUGGGCAAUUCCCUCAUUUCUCUGCAUGACGAUUUCCGGAUUUCCACUUAGAGUUAACUGAUUUUUAUCAUAUCAUUGAUCACGAUUUUAUACUUUAAAAAUAGUAGUUCCACAAAAUAACUUUUAAAAAGUAGUUAAUCCUUGAGCAGACACAAGGAAAGAAACUUAGCCCGGGUAAGUGACUGUCACGGUGUCUUCAGCUGCCACACUUGCAGCUUUUAAGAGCCAUGGGGUGGAGGGGACCCUUGACUUUGUGAUGUGGGUUGAUUAAUCAGGACCCUUAGCCUUACAAACAAGAGAUCAUGGAAGAUUCAGAGAGCCAUGCAAAUCCAGUCUUCCUGAGCUUUCUCAGGUGUCACCACCUGGGUGCAACUGACCUGUUAUCCUUGCAUCAAGUGGAGAUUUGGUGAAUCCUUUAAAAUUUACUGUGAUGUCUUACAUAUAGCUGUGUUAGUUUUUAUCUACAGAAGGCAGAUGUCCAAUCUGAAGGGAAAUUCAACGAGAAACAACCAUCGUUGUAGUUGCACUCAAUAUCUCUGUAUGACAUACACAUUAAGUGAAUGUUUUCUUAUAUUUUUAGGUCUACAAUGUGUAAAUAGGGGGAAAAUUUGAUAAAUAUGGUAAAUUAAGUUAUAGCUGUCAUUUGAUCCUUAUUUUGCUGUCUCUUUUUAUUUAAUUUUCCUGAUGCUGCACAUCUAGGUUCAUUCUUAGGUGAUAGAAACCUUCACAUCUAGUCCACUUUCCCAGGUGUGUGUGUGUGUGUGUGUGUGUGUACACGUGCACAUGCGUGUAUGCACACGCCAGGACCCACUUUACAGAGGCAGUCAUGCCCAGGAAAGCACACAGCUCCACUGAUGACGUCUCUUGACUCUCUACCCUCUUCCCCUUGAAUUCUGAUUUACUGUGAUGAUUUAAUAAAGUGGAGAAACAGCA